AUGAGUGACGAUGAUGUGACAAUAAUGGAAGUAGAUGAAGCAGAACCCAAAGCGAUAAAACCAACUGCGGGACCAAGUAAACCCAUUGGACUCUUACCGUGGAUAGAGAAAUACCGACCACAAACUUUUGAUGACAUUGUUGGCAAUGAGGAUACUGUUUCACGGUUGGCGGUGUUCGCCCGCACGGGUAACGCUCCUAAUAUCAUCAUCGCCGGGCCGCCAGGUGUUGGCAAAACAACUACAAUCCUGUGUCUGGCCCGAGCUUUACUUGGUACUGCUUUUCGAGAUGCCGUGCUUGAACUUAACGCAUCUAAUGAUCGCGGUAUCGAUGUCGUUCGAAAUAAAAUCAAGAUGUUUGCACAACAAAAGGUAACGUUGCCGCCUGGGCGCCACAAGAUAGUGAUCCUGGACGAGGCAGACAGCAUGACCGAGGGCGCCCAGCAGGCGCUGCGGCGCACCAUGGAACUGUACGCGGCCACCACGCGCUUCGCCCUCGCCGCGAACAACAGCGAGCGCAUCAUCGAGCCCAUACAGUCGCGCUGCGCGGUGCUGCGCUACACGCGGCUCACCGACGCCCAGAUACUGGCCAAGGUGAUGGAGGUGUGCCGCAAGGAGGGGCUGUCGUACACGGAGGAGGGCGUGAGCGCGGUGGCGUUCACGGCGCAGGGCGACCUGCGCGCGGCGCUCAACAACCUGCAGGCGACGGCGCAGGCCGGCCGCCACGUCAGCCCCGACAACGUGUUCCGCGUCUGCGACGAGCCGCACCCGCUGCUGGUGCGCGCCAUGCUCGAGGCCUGCGCGCGCCAGGACGUCCGCGCCGCCUACAAGGUCAUCGCCAAGCUGCUGAAGCAGGGCUACGCGGCCGAGGACGUCGUGGCCAACGUGUUCCGCGUGUGCAAGACCCUGGACGUGGCCGAGGAGCUCAAGCUGGCGUUCGUCCGCGAGGUGGGCGCCACGCACAUGCGCGUGGCGGACGGCCUCUCCUCGCCGCUGCAGCUGGCCGCCCUGCUGGCGCGCAUGUGCCGCGCCGCCGGAGCGCUCGCCACCGCUGCCACGGCUGCUCGU